AUGGAUUUUGAUGACGAUGCCCCACCAGAGUUGGUCGAUAUAACCGCAAACGACGUGGAUGAAGAGAUCACAGUCAAAGUCCCUAUCACCAUUGUGACAGGUUAUCUUGGUGCUGGUAAAACAACAUUGCUGAAUUACAUCCUCACAGCCCAGCAUGGCAAAAAGAUCGCCGUCAUCAUGAAUGCGCUCGAUAUCGAGAAGUCCCUUACUGUGAACAAGGGUGAUGAGCAAGUAGAGGAGUGGUUGGAAGUCGGUAACGGCUGCAUCUGCUGCUCUGUCAAGGAUACUGGAGUCAAUGCUAUAGAAUCUUUGAUGUCAAAGAAGGGAGCUUUUGAUUACAUCCUUCUCGAAACCACUGGACUAGCUGAUCCUGGUAACCUGGCACCGCUCUUCUGGGUAGAUGAUGGACUCGGAAGUACCAUUUACCUCGACGGAAUCGUCACCCUGGUUGAUGCAAAGAACAUCUUGCGCAGUCUAGAUGACCCAAACGGUAUUGUCGAGGGGCACGAUCACGAUGGCCAUGGCCCUGUCAUGACAACCGCUCACGUCCAAAUUUCUCAUGCGGACGUGAUUGUGAUCAACAAGGCCGAUAUGGUGUCCGAAACGGAACUCAACCAGGUCAAGGAGAGAAUCCAAUCAAUCAAUGGCUUAGCCAAGAUCCAUGUGACUGAGAGGAGUGUAGUCCCCCAGCUAGAGGGAUUCCUGCUCGAUUUGCAUGCAUAUGACCAGUUCAAUGAAUCAGAUGCUAGUGCCAAGGGACACAGUCAUCUUGAUCCUACCAUUUCGACCGUCACUAUUCCUGUCGGUCGCCUUGAACCGGAACAACUGGACACUGUUGACCGCUGGCUACGAUCAGUCCUGUGGGACAGCAAACUGCCCGAAGCGGAAGGGGAGGGCGAUUUCGAAAUUCACCGCUCAAAGGGACGUCUUGUGUUUGCCAAUGGCGAGGUCAAGAUGCUGCAGGGGGUGAGGGAAGUUUUUGAGAUAAAUGACGGGCCAUCGGGAGACGAGACACCAAAGGAGGGCAAGAUCAUUCUGAUUGGAAGAAAUGUUGGAGGCGUUGGAUUUGAAGACAGUUUCAAACAAGCCAUCAAAUGA